UUUAUAUAUCCUUAUCAACACCAAAACAUGGACGGUCAAAUAUAACCUAGCCUACACUGGCUUUCUCGGACAAUGCCAAUACGAUGAUAUUCAACUGCAUUUAAACUCCAGCGCGCGUCAUGUGACUCAUUACAGCUUUAUCUUCCAUCUCAAAGUUCUACGUUUGUCUCCGUUCUCUGCCAGUGUUCGUUAGGGUGAUUGCAUAUUGCGGUACUUCAUAUGUGAAAAUAGGCCUACUAUAGGCAGAGGAUAGGCCUAUUAGCCGAAUUAUUCAAAUAGGUCAUAAAUAACAUCAGGGCAUUUGCCCUUUACUUACCCAAGAUGUAUAUGACUCUGUGCACGUCAUAAACACAGACUAAUUUAAACAAGAAUGUGGAAACCCCAAACUUGGGGGCUUUGGGGAAAACUAGGUAACUGUAAAAAAUAAGUAAAUAAUUAAAUAAACAACAAGCUGCUUGAGUAUGGAAUAUCAUCUUUUGCAGUUGAUGGUCACUCUUAGACUGUUAAAUGAUACAGCCCAGGCGUUUCAUGAACCUUUAUGGGCUGAGGUGGUGUAGAUUUUUAUAGCUCGGAAUUACAACACUUUAUAGCAGGGUCUUGUUUCUCCCCACAUGCCAAUGGCCUGCCAAGUGUACACUCUUCCAAAAAUCUAUUUUCAUUCCAAGAUGGUUUCUGCUAUUUUAUUUUGUUCCUAUACACGAAUACACAUUGUGCAAGCAGGCCUGGUGGUAGACUUGAAGCUGUCAUUUGUCUGGUUUUAUUACUUCUGCGGCUAACACAGGCAUUUAAACAUUAUUUUGUAGUAAACGUGCUAUUAACGUUUUCUAUUUGCAAUAAUAAUUAGCCGACUGUUUGGCCUAUACACCAAUGCCUACAAGUCAAUAUUGUGUGGAUAGUUUGUGUAUGCCUAGUCUAUGUGUGUUUGCGCCUGAAAAGCCCACCUUUGCCUACAAUGAUUCUAAAUCUAUAGGCCAACCACAAUCUGAUCUAUAGGCCAACUGUUUCCAAUAAAUGAAUAUCAUACAAUUAAUUGACGAAUUACAGCCCAGCCGGUUUACUUUAAAAACAAAAUAUUUCUAGCCUGAAAAAUCACUUAAAUCGGAUCUAAAAUGUCCAAAGAAAAAUUAAAUAAUCGAUUCAAGUGACUAAUUAUACUGUAUAGUAAAUAAUGAGAUCACUGUAUUGCAGUUAUGGGGGCUUAAUGUUGUAAUCUGCACCGCUAAUAGAAUGAAAAUACACGUCACUUGCAUUAGGAGCAUUCUUUAAAAACCGCAUUGACUUCUAAUCAAAAUAUUGAAAUACCGAAUGGACGUAAUCUCUCUGUACGAAUUCAAGUAUAAACACAAUUCAUUUAUUAAUAUAAACCCAUUUAAGAGUUUGAGCUUCCUCACAAUGCAUUUUAAUUUGUAAAUAGGCUACCGGCAGUCAUGUCAUCCAGGAUGUCAACAAACAUAAAAAGUAGAUAGAAAGAGAGAGUGAGAUAGAGGGUGUAAGAGUGAGUGAGUGAAAGAGAUGGCGUGUGUGCGGGUGCGUUUUGUGUAGGACUGUGUGUAGGCGUGUGUAGUUUUCUGACUGUAUUUAUCUGGGUACGUGCGUGCCUGCAUGCGUCCAAUCUGGAUUGUAUGAAUGCGCACAUACAUGUGCGCCUAUGAAUUUAUCACGAGCGUGUGUGCGCACGCGUGCGUAAGAGAGAGUGGUUCAGAGGAUUAAAAAAAGUUUUUUUCCUGUCUUCUGCCCCUCUUUUCCCUGCUUUUUAUUGGAGGAAAUGUGGUCAGCUGACAAUGUCAUCUUGUCCAUCCUGGACUGGAGCUUUAGCAACAACAUUCGCUGUGUGCCCCGUGUCUUUAUUGGCGCCCAGAAAUAAAUUAUAUCUAAAUCAUACAGCGUGCCUGUAUUAAAGAUAGACUGACAAGGAAAAAAGAGUAAGUGACGGAGAGAGAAUUGAGAGAGAGAGGGGAGAGAGAGAUCUGAUUGAAAGGAGGGGUGGGAUAGAGAAAGACAGGAAGCAAUACAAAGAGAGUAUGAAUUCGUAUUUCGCUAACCCGUCGCUCUCAUGCCAUAUAGCUGGUGGUCAAGAGGUUUUACCCAAUGUAGCCCUGAACUCAAACACCUAUGACCCCGUUCGACACUUCUCCUCUUACGGAGCUGCCGUAGCCCAAAACCGGAUAUAUUCAUCGCCUUUCUAUUCACCCCAAGACAACGUCGUUUUCGGCUCCAGUAGACCGUACGAGUAUGGAUCCAACGUGUUUUACCAGGACAAGGACGUCCUGCCAAACUGCAGGCAGACCAGUUUGGGACUAGGUGCACAAAGCUCUCUCGCACAGGAUUAUCCGUCAGAACAGGGUAGGAACGGAUCGCAAGAGCAGAAGGAGAGCGUUCAGAUCUACCCGUGGAUGCAGCGGAUGAACUCUCACAGCGGAGUUGGAUACGGUUCAGACAGACGGAGAGGUCGUCAAAUAUACUCCAGGUAUCAAACUCUUGAACUCGAGAAAGAAUUCCAUUUCAACCGCUACUUGACAAGACGCAGGCGUAUUGAAAUUGCCAAUGCUCUCUGCCUCACUGAACGCCAGAUAAAAAUCUGGUUUCAGAACCGCCGGAUGAAAUGGAAAAAGGAAAGCAAUCUUACCUCCUCCGUCACUGAUAUUAGUUCGGCAGGGGGGAAUGAAGAGGCGGUGAAGGAGGACACAGAGGAAGAUAAGAAAAGAAAGUGAUUUCGCCUACUUGAUGUCUUACAAUAAGAAUGAUUCCGACCUAAUGUGAGGAUAACUUAACUACCUAUUAGGAUAGGCCUACCUAUGAAUUGUAUGGACUCUCGUCUGUGUUUUCAAACAUACGAAAUACAGGCUUUGCUAUGAAUUAACUUUUCAUGAAGUCUAUAGCCUAUAAUGCAUUGCAAUCACUUGACAUUCCCUGUUGUAUAUACGAAAUGUGUGUAGCCGAUCGCUCUGACGUUCACCAUAAUUGUUUAGCAGCACGUUAACUUUUUGUAUUAGCCUACAUCAAAAUACACCAUGAUGAUUAUGCUGAGUUCAUACCACACGGGUAAGAAAACUGUGCUGACUGACGUUCCACAAUAAACUGUUGCUAGAACUAUAGCCUAUCCAUGCCAUGAGUACCCAUGUACCUCUAAUAGACAGAUUGAGUAGCUACGUGAUUAUAUAAUAACGUUUAGUGUAGAGAUCAAACUCGAUGUAGACUAUAACGUUCACGUCCUGUCAUAUUUAAUAAAAUGAUUAAUAAUGUUGUG